AAAGUUGUAGAUUGGUGUUCGGCGCCAUGCGGCGUCUGCAGUUGUCUCUUGGGAUUUUACAGGUUUUUAUUCUGUUUCUGUUUACUGUGUGCUGGGGCAGUAGCUCAGCAGGUGAGUAUGCACGCUGGAAAAAAAUCCUUGUUCAAAUUGAUGAGGCGGUGAAGAACUACAGGCCUUGCGUGAAAGAUAACUGUGAGUGCUAUCAAAGAGUUAGGGAACAAGACUUGGCUCCUUUUCAAAAUGGAAUCUCUGAGGUGUUGCUGUCAGAAGCAAUCAGUCGAAAGCUUGGGACACACUACCAGAUCAUUGAGAAGAAGUUGUACCGGGAGCAUGAUUGCAUGUUCCCUGCAAGAUGUAGUGGAGUUGAGCACUUCAUCUUAGAAAUUAUUCAGAACCUUCCUGAUAUGGAGAUGGUCAUCAAUGUGAGGGACUACCCCCAGGUGCCCAAAUUUAUGAAACCAAGAGUGCCUGUUUUAUCUUUUAGCAAGACUUCAGAAUACUAUGAUAUUAUGUACCCUGCCUGGACAUUUUGGGAAGGGGGGCCAGCUGUUUGGCCAAUAUAUCCUACAGGCCUUGGGCGUUGGGACCUAAUGAGAGAAAGCCUCCGAAGCUCAGCAGAAAAAUGGCCCUGGAAGAAAAAAAAAUCCAAAGCCUAUUUUCGAGGAUCCCGGACAAGUGCAGAGCGGGAUCCCCUCAUUCUUCUUUCUCGGGAGAAUCCAGAUCUUGUUGAUGCAGAGUACACUAAGAACCAAGCUUGGAAAUCUGAAAAAGAUACUCUUGGGAGACCACCUGCAACAGAAGUUCCACUAGUAGACCAUUGUAAAUUCAAAUACCUCUUCAAUUUUCGAGGAGUAGCAGCUAGUUUUCGCUUCAAACACCUUUUCCUGUGUGGUUCUUUGAUUUUUCAUGUUGGAGAAGACUGGCAAGAAUUCUUCUAUCCACAACUGAAACCUUGGGUUCACUAUAUUCCAGUUCAGUCUGAUCUUUCUAAUGUGAGGGAGCUAUUGGAAUUUGUAAGAGAAAAUGAUGAUGUUGCUCAAAGUAUUUCCGAGAGGGGUCGCCAGUUCAUCAUGGACCACUUGCAAAUGGAGGAUAUCUCUUGUUACUGGGAACAACUUCUAAAGGAGUAUUCUAAAGCCUUGACGUAUAAAGUAAAACGGAAAAGCAACUAUAAUGAAAUACUGCCCAGACCUUUGAAAACUGAACUGUAAAAAAAAACAACACUUCCAACCAGGGCUUAUGGACAUUUUGAAAUUAGGAAAGCAGGAUUGUUCCUCUAACCAGUGGAAGUUCUCUCUGUGUUGACAAACUAAAGAGAGAAACAUAUUGUUGCUACUUACUGCAGUAUAUUAAGUGAUAAUGGCAGACUGAAUUCUAUUUUAUAUUGUGGUCAGUAAAAUUCUAUUAAGAAGGGGAUAGAAAUUUUGCUGAGUCCUAGCAUUUUAAAAAAUGUCUUGAUAAUUGUUACUCAUGUCUACUUACCACAACAGUGUCAUAUUGACCUCACGGUGUGGGUUAUAAUUGCUAAGUGAAUCAUUAAUCAAUUAUUAAUGAAAUCAUCCUGAAUUGUUGUGCAAAAUUGAAUUUCAUGUUGACUAAUGGACCGAUAUAUCCCUGAUACAGCUUAAUUCAUGAGGAAGCCCAUCAUUCUAAAAUAAGCUACUGAAGACUUCUGGAAAGCUUGUAAUCAAAUACAGGUAGUCCUCGAUUUACAACAGUUCUUUUAGUGACCGUUAGAAGUUACAACAGCACUGAAAAAA